UUUGGAUACUCGGAUGAGGCUGUACAAUUGUUGCGACGUGCACCACAACUUUAUCCAGAUGAUCCUGAAUUCCGUACAACUCAAGUAUAUGUUCGCAAUAAUAUUGCUAAUAUUGGAAAUCUUACUGAAGGAAUGCCGGCACCUGAUUGCCCAUUGGUUCCACUAGAAUCUUCUAACGAUAACAAUGAUUCAUCAACUUUAGUUUCUUUACGUUCACUUUGUAAACCAGGACGGCCUCUUGUUCUUCUUGGUGGAUCAUAUACUUGUCCUUUAUACCGAUACAUAUCUCAUGUACUCAAUGAUAUAUAUAUGAGAUAUAAAACUCAUGUAGAUUUUUAUAUGAUUCAAAUUCGAGAAGCACAUGCCUCUGAUGUUUGGCCCAUUGGUAACAUUGUAGACGUCAAGGAACAUCGUACAUUAUCUGAUCGUUUAACUGCUGCACAUGAAAUGGUUAAAAAAACUCAUUUAGAAAUUCCUGUUUUAGCUGAUACAAUGGAUAAUAAUUUCUUGAAGUUAUAUUCACCAUGGCCAUUCCGUUUUUUUGUCGUUGUGGAUGGUAUUUUAAAACUUGUUGGAAUGCCAAAAGAAGCGCGUUAUGAUACAACGGAUCUAGUUGAAUGUUUAAAUAAUCUUUUAUGCAGCAAAAAGGACUAA